AUGUCCCUAUAAAACAUACCUUCUCACACUUGCAUCACAUCUCAAGUCUUAUCAUCAUCAUCAUCAUCAUCAUCAUCAUCAUCUCUCAAUCUACAAGAACAGAUUCAUUCCACUAACCAGACCAACCAACAAAUUAACAACCAUUUCCUUCUAUUUUUCUCUUCACUUGUUCAAUAACAAACCAGUCUUUCAGGCUCUUGCAAUUGGAUAAUAGAUUCUACCAGGAAGAGAUGGAAAGCACUGUCACAUAUGAGACUGAUCUCAACCUCAAGGCAACUGAGCUCAGAUUGGGACUCCCAGGAACAGAAGAAACUCAGGAAAAAACACUGUCUCCAGCUGUUAGAAUUACCAACAAAAGGCCAUUGACUGAAACUUCUUCUGAGGACACUGUUUCUAAUGCUAAAAAAAAUGUGGAAACUGAGACACCACCUCCUGCAAAGGCAAAGAUAGUGGGGUGGCCACCAAUCAGAUCUUAUAGAAAAAACAGUUUUCAGGAGAAUGAGGGUGCUGGGAUUUAUGUGAAAGUAAGCAUGGAUGGAGCACCUUAUCUUAGGAAGAUUGACCUGAAGGUAUAUGGAGGCUACACACAACUUCUCAAAGCUCUAGAAAACAUGUUCAAGUUGACCAUAGGUGAGUACUCUGAAAAAGAAGGUUACAAAGGAUCUGACUAUGCACCAACAUACGAAGACAAGGACGGUGACUGGAUGUUAGUUGGAGAUGUUCCAUGGGACAUGUUUGUGACUUCUUGCAAAAGGCUGAGAAUCAUGAAAGGAUCAGAGGCAAGGGGUUUAGGUUGUGGUGUAUGAGAAACAAAGCCUCUCAAAUUACCAUGAGCAGAGAAAAAGUGUUUUGGGGUGAAGAGAAAUCAUGCUUUCAGCUUGGGUUCUCGGAUCUAGAGGGUUUUGACUUUUGAAUCACUCUAGGGUAUGCAGUUUGUUGGCUGGCAUACCUAAUAUGGAGUUAUAACUCUGAAGCAGGAGAUGGAAGAUACAGUGAAGUUUCUUCCUCAAGUUUGACAACUUUUAUGGUUCUUUUUGGCAUCUCUGGUGGGAUGCUAUGCUAUUAUUCUAUGUUGUUGUUUCCACUGAUCCUUUUUCAAGUUUCGGAAUGAGAAAUCUCAGAGAGAUUUCAAAUGAAACUUUGUGUAAAAGAAAGAUAGAAAAGGUUAUAUGUAAUAUUAAUUGUUUCCUCCAUGUUUUUCUGUUUUAUUGUUGAUACAAGAAUACAGUGUAAUAUACAGUUUUCCUAUGUGCCUGUGUUAUUGAAUGGACUCAAGAUUAAGUU